GGGCCACGGAGCGAGGCCUGAGGGCGGGGACCUAGCGCACCGGGCAGUGGGCGGCGAGGCGCGGAGCCUGGCGGGGAGCUGAUCAUCCCUCGCCUCUUGAUCAGGCCCCACGUGCACUGGGGAGUGCAUGGUGGCCGGGGCGGCGGUACCCUGUGGAAAGAAAGUGCGAGGGGAAGGCAAAAAUGUGUGACAUUCACAGCUCGCGUUUAAAUACCAGGUCCUCUAUGGAGAGCUUUUCCCGUAUCGCUCCUUACAAUGUUCAGUGUGCGAGAGUUGGUUCUCGCCCUGGCUAAGAGCUAGGGGCUCGUGGGGUUUAUAGGGCUGUAGGAGUCAGGACGUUUAACGCCUACCCAGAAUUCAGUACUUCAUGCCGCUGCCGCUUGUCCCUAUUUCAUUAGAUUAGGAAAUCGGAAACUCAGAAAGGUUAAGUAGCCUGCACGCGGUCCCAGAGCCUGCCCAAGGUGUAGUUCAGUCUGACUCCAGAGCCAAAUUGUUAAGAGGAAGGAAAAUAUCUCAGGAAGCAGACUGUCAGGACAAAGAUGUCUGUGACUUAGGACUGGCUUUUUUUGUUUUUUCUCAGCUGCUUGUCUUUUGAGUCAGAGUUUAGAGGCUGAGUUUACACAUGUUUAGAUUUGGGCACAAGACUGAGAUGGAACCAACCACAGGUUGAGACUUCUCUCCCAGGUUAGGCAGCCAUCCAUUUCUAUUUCAGAAGUCAGUGCUUCUGGAAUCCAUGGGUAUAGGCAUAUAGAGAAAUAAAACAAGUUAUUUACACUCCCCAGAGUUAUCCUUGAGUAACUGUAAAAGAUAGUGGCACCUGUAUGAGUUAGGAAUGUUGUGUAGGGGGGUCCCAGAGCCUAGGACGCAAGGAACAGAGGAAAGGCCCAGGAAAUGUGGAAAUGGAAGAAUGGUUCUACUGGGUCAUUUGACAUCAAAGUGGCAGGCUCUGUGCUGAAUGCUAGGAUACAGAGUUGAACAGGACCUACGUGGAGCUUAAAGUUCAUCAUUUGGUGGGAGAAAAAAGUGCCGUUCCCAUGAGAGAUGCCUGGGCAGCAGAAUCCAGUUUCUUUCCAGCCACCACCUACCCCAUGGUUCGACCUAUCAGGUAUGCCGGCCAGGCGGAGAGCUGCCACUGUCCAAAUCAUAUUCUUCCGGAAACAGAAAAGGCUUUCUGUCUGGCUUGCUAGAUAAUAUCAAACAAGAAUUAGCCAAAAACAAAGAAAUGAAAGAAAGUAUAAAAAAAUUCCGAGACGAGGCCAGGAAGCUGGAAGAGUCAGAUGCACUCCAGGAAGCCAGAAGGAAAUACAAAAGCAUUGAGUCGGAAACCGUGCGGACCAGCGAAGUGAUACGGAAGAAGCUGGGGGAGUUCACGGGCACGAUGAAAGAGAGCCUUGAUGAAGUCAGUAAAAGCGAGCUUGCCCAGAAAAUCAAGGAGGGCGUGGAGGAGGCGGCCAAGACGGCCAAGCAGUCGGCCGAGUCGGUGUCCAAGGGCGGAGAGAAGCUGGGCAAAACUGCGGCCUUCAGAGCCCUUUCCCAGGGCGUGGAGUCCGUGAAGAAGGAGAUAGACCACAGCGUCCUGGGGCAGAUCGGGCCCUACCGCAGGCCCGAGCGGCUCCGGAAGAGGACGGAGUUUGCAGGGGAGAAAUUGAAGGAAGAGAAAGUGUUUGAGCCCAAUGAGGAGGCCCUGGGGGUCGUGCUACACAAGGACUCCAAGUGGUACCAGCAGUGGAAGGACUUCAAGGAAAACAACGUGGUGUUCAAUCGGUUCUUCGAGAUGAAGAUGAAGUAUGACGAGAGCGACAACGUGCUCAUCCGGGCAUCCCGGGCCCUGACAGAGAAGGUCACCGACUUGCUGGGGGGCCUGUUCUCCAAGACGGAGAUGUCGGAGGUGCUCACGGAGAUCCUCCGGGUGGACCCGGCCUUCGACAAGGACCAGUUUCUGCAGCAGUGCGAGAAUGACAUCAUCCCCAACAUCCUGGAGGCCAUGAUUUCAGGAGAACUUGACAUUCUCAAAGACUGGUGCUAUGAAGCUACGUACAGCCAGCUGGCCCACCCAAUCCAGCAGGCCAAGGCCCUGGGCCUGCAGUUCCACUCCCACAUCCUGGACAUCAACAACGUGGACCUGGCCAUGGGCAAGAUGAUGGAGCAGGGGCCCGUGCUAAUCAUCACCUUCCAGGCCCAGCUGGUCAUGGUGAUCAAGGACUCCAAAGGCCAGGUGGUCGAGGGCGACCCGGACAAGGUGCUGCGCAUGCUGUACGUGUGGGCACUCUGCCGUGACCAAGACGAGCUCAACCCCUACGCGGCCUGGCGGCUCCUGGACAUCUCCGCCUCCAGCACAGAGCAGAUCCUCUGAGCAUGGCCACCGCAGCCAGGGAGCCCCCGGGGCUGGGCCACCAGGCCUGGAUGCCCAGGGACACCUGCAGCAACUCCAGACCUCUGGAGACAAGACUGCAGGCCCUGUCCCCCAGCUCUGCCAGGACAACUACAAAACCAGCUGGCCAGGAAAGGGGCGGAGGGCUACCGAGGGUGCCCAGCGGCUGGACACACUGCACAGUGCCAGCUCCUGCACUGUCCCUCUGCCACCUCGGGGUGCACAGGCCACACAGUGCCAAGAGGCUCUGGGACCCAGGGGGCAGGGUGCUGGGCCCAGCCCUGCUCCGCACGGCUGGCCAUGCCAGCCAGGCCAUUUUAGGUCUUUUUUUUAUUUUAACAAUGCUCUCAUUUCCUGUACAUAGCCUGAGAUUUGGAAAUAAUAAAACACCAAAGUGCAGAAGAGCAACUUGA